AUGAUAGUCGGAGGCUCCGUUAAAGAAAAAAUAGAAGGAGAUUUUUAUAAUGUGGGAUUUUUGAUGAGCAUCGGUGGUAACCUGGACAAGAAUAUCAUAAAGAAUCUGACUCAAGAAGCUCUUGAUGUGAUAUCCCAGAAAUGCUAUAGGCCUACUAAUGAAACCUAUACAAACAGCACGACUGAACACUCCUCAGUGCGCGAUGCACUACCUAGAUGGUUUGCACCAUUGAUGAGUGUCUUUGGAGGAGUCAUUAUAUUUGUUCUCUUGUUGGUUUGUGUGGUGUGCACCAGAGGAACUGAUGACCUAGAGAUCCAGUCGCGCAGUACUAGGUCCACGGCAGUAAGUACUCGACUGGAGACAACAAGUCAUGCUGAUGUUCACGACAGGGGGAUAGAAGAGCAGAUCGAUCAGGAAAAGGACUUGGGCUGUGUGGAUUUAGUGCAUGUGCAAGUGGACGGUGGAAGCGAGGAGGUCGUUAGUGGAGCAGUAGGUCAGGAAGGGAGUUACCAAGAAACAAGAAUGUGAAAAACCAAAGAUUGAGAAGGUCGUGAUGGAAAAGAAAUAACCUCAUUUCCCUUGUUUAAAAAUAUC